AUGAAGGCAAAAAUUAAUUUAUAUAGUUAUCGUCAAAGCAGUAAUAGAAGGAUUGACACAUAUCAAAUUGCAACCACAUCACCUUAUGAUACAAACUUAAAAAAAGCUAAUAAAAAGGAAUUAUUGCCAAUCAUAGAUGAUCGAGAAAAUAGAUUAAAAGCAGCAGCCUAUAGUGUUAACCAUAGUCAAGCUUGUUUAUUACUUCAAGCGAUUCAAAUGAAUGGAAGACGUAGAUUAAGUUCCGAAUGUAUUUUACAACUUGCUUUAUUUGUUGUGAAAGCAUGGGAAGCAAAGGCUGACAAAGAAGCAAUUGACGGAUUAGUUAAAUUGAUUAAUAAUCUUUUAAAUUCUACUUUAUUAUGUCCUGAUAUGCCAUUUGAUGAAGCACUACGACAAUUUUGUCGAAAUAAUAUACCAACUCAAUCUGUCUCACCUAGUAUCACUUUAUUAAUUGCAAUUGGAUAUAUUGAAAGAUUAAAACAAAGAUAUCAUCAUAUCAAAGGUACAGCAGGAUGUGGACAGAGACUUGUGUUAGUUGCUUAUAUGAUGGCUGCUAAAUACAUGCAUGUUAAUCUUCGAUCUAUUAUCGACACUACUACUACUUCUACUCCUACUACUUCUACUACUACUUUAAUAUCAGCAGAAAGAUCAACUAUCAAAGAUACCCUUACAACACAAUUACCUCCCAUCAUACCACCUACUACAAAUCACUUACCUCCUUCACCACCUACAUCACCAAAAUCAUUCUCUCAAUCUGAUCCAUUUAAAUAUCAUUAUUUCCAGUCUUCAAAUCAAAAAGAAUCAAAAACUACACAAGAAAGACAAUUUCAAAUAUUACGUAUGGAACUCGAAUUUUUACAUUUUUUAAAUUAUGAUCUUUCAUUAACAGAUACCUUAAAGCUGAUCCACUGGGCACAAAAAUUUGAUGACGAUGAUAUUUUACCCACACCAAUAACUACUACCACUACUACUAAUUAA